GGCUCUAUGUACAGCCUAUAGUGUAACCCUGCAUCAUUAAUCAGAGAGAGAGAGAGAGAGCAAGAGAGAGAGAGAACGCUGCCCCCUGGAAUACGGAAAUAUUCAGUGUGCACGGAGUGUCUUGCAUAUUUCACUCUGACAUCUUACUACCAUGUUUUUCAACAUGGUAGUGGUUAGGUAAUCCGGAGAAAUUAAUUUCUUUUCUUUCUUUAGCUUUCACCAUUCUUUUUUUUGCUUACUUUUUACUAUUUUCUCCCUUCCUCCCUCCCAUCAUCCUCUUCCCUUCUUUCUUUCGUUCUUUCUUCUUCUCUUUUCUCUUUCUCCCCUAUUUUUCUGGCAGUGAAGUAAGAUUGGAUUGGUUGUUCUCAGAACAGAGUGCUGGAAUUGAUGCACACAUCACUAGCGUCCUUGUUGGAGUGGCUGUUGCUUGAAUUCUUUGGCGAUCCCUGGAGAAAACAGAAAGAAAGUGAAACGGUAUGAAUGAAUGAAUGCAGCCAGAUUCCCUACUGCUUCCUCAGGAGACUACACUGUUCUGAUUAAGGAGUUCCACCAGAACUGGAGAAAACAGCAGCUCUUCCUUUGUUUCCCACUUUUUAGCUUUCGACACAUAUCUGAAAACGGCCCAGAAAACUGAUCUGUCUGAGUUAAUCAUCCCCGAAGAGUGUGGGACCCUCUGUGCAUUAAAGCAAACCUUUCUUCUGUGUGAGCCAACAAAAGAAAAGCUGCCUGCCAAACACCUGUAAAGAGAUGGCUAUCGUCAUAUGGGAAUUUGAGGAACUGCUAUAUGGCACAUUCAUGAUCCAAAUGGGAGAGAAUCCACUGUACUGAUGUCCCAGAAGGCAUGAUCAUAGAGUAAAUAAGAGGGGGAAAUUCUAACUACUCAUCAUCUGUACUUGCACACUAGAUGCCCAUGUAGUUACUAUAGGCAAAUUCCAAGCAAAUAUGCAGAUAGUUCUUCCAAAAGUCCCCAAGUCCCAUGGAGAGGUUUACAGAUGUAGUAGAAAGAUUAUUUUAUAGUCUCUCCAACCCAUUGAUGAUCAGUCUUUAAGAAAAAACAAUUUCUGAAGGAAGAAUCAUGCCUGCAAAUGACACAUGUAGCGAGUUAGAUAAAGACAAUACGGAUUCUCGGUACUUUAUCUAUGCAGUGACAUACACUGUCAUUCUUGUGCCAGGUCUUAUAGGGAACAUAUUAGCUCUGUGGGUAUUUUAUGGUUAUAUGAAAGAGACUAAACGGGCCGUGAUAUUUAUGAUAAACUUAGCCAUUGCUGACCUACUACAAGUUCUCUCCCUGCCAUUGAGGAUCUUUUACUACUUGAAUCAUGACUGGCCAUUUGGGCCUGGCCUCUGCAUGUUCUGUUUCUACCUGAAGUAUGUUAACAUGUAUGCAAGCAUCUACUUCUUGGUUUGCAUCAGUGUACGACGAUUUUGGUUUCUCAUGUACCCCUUUCGCUUUCAUGACUCCAAACAAAAAUAUGACUUAUACAUCAGCAUUGCUGGAUGGUUGAUCAUCUGCCUUGCCUGUCUACUUUUCCCACUCCUUAGAACCAGUGACGACACCCCAGGCAACAGAACCAAAUGCUUUGUGGAUCUUCCUACCAGGAAUGUCAACCUAGCCCAGUCUGUUGCCAUGAUGACUGUCGGCGAGUUGAUUGGUUUUGUUACUCCUCUUCUGAUUGUUCUAUAUUGUACCUGGAAGACAGUGUUAUCGUUGCAAGAUAAAUAUCCUGUGACCCAGGACCUUGGAGAAAAAAAGAAAGCCUUGAAGAUGAUUCUAACCUGUGCAGGAGUAUUCCUAAUUUGUUUUGCACCUUAUCACUUCAGUUUUCCUUUAGAUUUCUUGGUAAAAUCCAAUGAAAUUAAAAGCUGCAUAGCCAGAAGGGUGAUUCUAAUAUUUCAUUCUGUGGCCCUGUGUCUCGCUAGUUUGAAUUCCUGCCUAGACCCAGUCAUAUACUACUUCACCACUAAUGAGUUCAGGAGAAGACUUUCAAGACAAGAUUUGCAUGAUAGCAUCCAACUCCAUACAAAAUCCUUUGUUAGCAACCAUACCAUUUCUACCAUGACAACUGAAUUAUGCUAAAUAGAAAAAUAUCCUGAAUAUGGCCUGGAAUGUAAGUACACCAAUAUGCAUUUGCAAAACACAAGGCCAUAGGGAAGUACUCACAUGAAGCAUUCACUGGUUCUCAGUUAUUUUCUGUCUUAAGUACAUGGGGGAUUCACAUUUUCCUGUAGGACCUAUUGGAGAAUUAUACUCCACCAUCAUUACUAUUGAUAUGUUCUUGUAGUAAUUUGUUAUCAAAUCUUUAAGUCUUAAAAUAUGAAAUUUCAGUGAUUUCCUAUACACAUAUGCUCUCAACUAGAGUCAGCAUAUAAUGUGUGCUAUGUAAUGAAUCUGUCACAGAGAGAUUACUAAAUUUGGACCACCAUGAGCACUUAGUUUUGUUACAAUUGUUACUGAAUCUCUGUAUCCAGAAGAAAUAUCAUUGUCUAUCUGUACCAGCAAUCACAGUUUACAUUCUGAUAUCAUAUUUUGGGGUGUAUUUUAAGGAUGAUAGACAACAUUUCAUUCUGUAUAAACAAAAUGCUAUAAAUAUGGAUAAUUUGUAUCUCCUAUGUGUGACCAUAUUCCAAGGGUUGAAAUCUCAACUAGCUAUUUUCUUCAUUCAGUGUCAAUACAAAACAUUAUCUGUCACAAUUAUUCAUUGAAUGGAAAUCUAAACUCAAGCCUCUGAUAUGCUUAAACUAGAUACUCAGAUUCACAUAUAGUAACCCUCUGUGACUGUAUAAGAUGACAUAUUGAAUCUACUGAGGGCAGGUAGUUUGCCAAAAUUCAUACAAAGUCAUCUAGAUGGCAUCUAGCACUGGAGAAAGCAGAUUGUCACUAUUAGUGACAAUCACAAUUCUAGAUCUCUUAACUUAUUUCCUAUCGCUUCUAAAGAUGUAUGGAUUUUCUCAAUAAAGGGAGUUUCCAUCAUGCUUCUCAAGUAAAAUCGAGGUAACUCAGAUUACUGCACUUUCUGAGCCUAUGGAAGAAGUAGUGCACUAAUUAAUUACUAAGCUUUGGCCAGAGUGAGAAAAUGAAGCAAAAUUCAGUACACUUCUCAAAAUUCUUACCACACGGUAUUUUUUCAUGUAAGAGUAGAUGACAACUAUCAAAUGACCUACAUAAACCGGAGUAGGGCUUAUAGGCAAUAAGUGAUGUGGACCCUAGUGUCUGAAUUGAUUUUUCUAAGCCAAAUUUUCCCUAGCCAUACCAUUUGGAAGCCUGCACAGCUUACCUCCCAGUAACUGGGGAAAGUAAUUCCCUAAUCUUUUGAGAAAAGUGAAGAAGAUAACUUCUGGCAACCUUGGGUACUCUGUACAAUGUCAUUCCUGCUACGUGUUUGGUACUAUUGUACAAGAAAUAGACCCAGGAUAUGAGUAGUUGUUAAACAUGAAGUCAUAAGUGUUAAAAUACUUUGAAAAAUGUUUUAGCAAAAAGCUCUAAGUUUAAAAAUGUUGUACUUAAAAAAUCUGUGUGCCAUGUAAUGAAGACACAUUCUAUUCUUUACCCAGAAAGAAUAUAGAAACCAUCCAGGGGUUUUGUCAUAUUUAGAAAAAGGGUUAGUUUUAGGCCCUGAGCUAUAAUACUAAUAUGUUUGGUGGGAAAAGUGGUGAAAUUAAAGUUAAUUCUUAUAUCUAAGAUUAAUGGAAUGUUUUUUAAAAUCUACUCUGGAUAAGUAUUGAUUUUGCUUGUACUUUGUUAUUAAAAUAAUACCCUAAUAGAAAACUGACUUUGUGCUGCUAGCAACAGUGCAUAUAUUAUUUUCUCAUUAUUCUUUGCAAAGUACAUGUUCUGAUGUGUUAAAUGAGUGUUAAACUGUGUUUUCAAAAGGGUAGCUAUAACCGUGUUUGGUCUGUUUGCUUUAAAGUGAUUUGUGCUUGGCUGUAAUUUAGUGUUGUAAUGAGAAUACAAGUAAUAAUUCUGGGGGAUUGUGAAACAACUGUGGGUACUUGUAAUGAGAGAGUCUUGUCUCUACUAUCUUUACUUACUAUUUUCUAUUUUAGCAUGGAUUACACUUAGAAUUAAUUUGGGAGGCCAUUGAUUCAAUUUUGUUAACCUACUGGUUUCACAUUAAAGGUAUGUUUUUUCUCAAGGGGAGAGGAAGUACUUCCAAGGGAUUAUUGACCUUCCUGGGAGAAUGACUGAGGUUAGAGCUCAUUUGUUAAGCAGCCCUUCUACACCAUUCAGAAAGAGGACAAGUGUUCAGUUUCCUUCCUUUCUCCCCAAGCCUGCCCAUCUAGGUUUGUAUUCAGUGAUUCCUUUACCCUUGUCCACCUCUCGACCACACCAGGGUUUUGUCAUGUGCCCUGACUCUUGCUCUCUUAGGCAGUAAUAUGAUCAGUUUAUUGACUUGAAGUUGUUAAUGAGUAAUGUUAGCUUGCUAUUAAUUCACUCAGGAGUGUAUGAAUUCCAGGCCUCAUGACUAGGCAUUAAAUCAAAGUGGAGACUUUCAUGGGAAAGGAUGUAGACACUGAAGCAGAUAGACUAAGAUGGAGACCUAUUUUUAAGGAAGUAAAUCUAACAGUAGUGCCUUUCAGAUUACCUGUAAUAAGUGACCAACUAUGUUGCUCCCCAUAAAGGAGAUGCUAAAUUUUAAGAAAUAUGUCUACAAGCAGUUAUAGAUUCUUUCAGGUCAUGUCUUAUUUCUUUUGCCUUUUGCUUCUCUCCCUUCCAAUGUUGGGCUUGAUUUCCAGGAAAAGCCUUAACUAUGAGACAAGUACUGCUGCAGCUGCUGUCCAGAGAGUAAUCUCCUCUCCAAAAGUCUUCUUUCCUUGGAAAAUCUUCUCUUCUGACCUCUCAUUUAUAUAAUUCUGGGUUCCAUGAAAUUGGAGUACAAAGAGUAAGCAUCUCAACUACGGUAAAGUUCAAUCAAUUCAUGAUACAUAAUGUCAUGUUGCCUAUAUAAAGUUGCUUGAAUUGUGAUCCCAAAAUACAUAUAAUUAUUCCAAUGACAGAGAUUUUGAAUAUGAGAUGAUUUUUGUGUUAUUUUAUUCCAUGACUGUUAUCAUCAUUAUAUUCAAACUGUUUAGCUAUUUUUAUUGUCACUGAAUUAAGUAGCAAAUUCUAUGAACUGCUAAUUCUGCAAAGAGGAGCCAUUUGCCCCAGGAAUAACAGACCAAAUUAACUUGGUCUGAAAGGGGACAUCAGUGGAACUCUUGUACAACUGAAUUUUUAUGUCAGUUUUUUGUUUUACUCCCAGAUACUGUGAAAAUGUUGCACUUGGAAUAUAUAUACAGCUAUAAUUUAUGAUAUUCAUUUUAAUAAUAAAGAUUGUUUCCAU